AUGGAGAAAGCCGCCGGUUCCCCCGCGGUGGGCGGCAGCUACCCGCAGAAAAACGCCGAGAUCCUCAGCAGCCAGUACGGCAUCAACCUCUUCCUGGCCGGGCUGCUGCUCACCUUCGCCUGGGCUGUGCACGCCGUGGGCAUCAGCAAGAGCCACCUGCUCUCCUACCUCAUCACGCUGAUGCUCAUCCAGCUGCUGUGGAUGCUGUGGUACCUUUGCAGGAGCUGCACGCAGAGGAGGCUGAUCCAGGACAAGGACACUCACGCCGGAGCCCGCUGGCUGAAGUGUGGGAUUACUUUAUUUGCAGUGAUUACUUUAAUUCUGGACUCUUUUAAAAUUGGAUAUUAUAUUGAUUUUUCAAACUGUUUAUCACCAACUGAAGGCAUUUUUCCUGUUACACAUGCUGUGCACACCAUCUUACAGGUUUACUUUCUGUGGUGUCAUGCGAAGGAUGUUAUCCAGUCUUUCAAAACACUUGAAAGGUUUGGGGUUAUCCAUUCUGUGUUCACAAAUUUGCUCCUGUGGACAAACGGAGUCUUAGCAGAGUCCAAACAUCAAUUGAAUGAACAUAAGGAAAGACUAAUCACGCUUGGUUUUGGGAACAUAACUAUAGUUCUAGAUGAUCAUGCACCUCAAUGCAACUGCACAACAACAACUCUCUGCUCUAUAUUUUCUCAAGGAAUAUAUUACCUAUAUCCCUUUAAUAUAGAGUACCACAUCCUGGCAUCCACAAUGCUCUAUGUCCUGUGGAAGAACAUUGGCCGCAAAGUUGAGCACCACCAGCAAAACAAAACUCCAUUCAAAUUCCACGGCAUAACUGUUGGAAUGGUUUUCGGACUAAUCGUGUUAACUAGCACAAUAGCCAUAGUUGUUGUGUAUUUGAUUCAGAUUGGAGGUUCAAAAAUCAAAAGUGAGUUAGCACUCACUAUGUUUUACUUGCAUGCUAUCUUUGUGCUGGCUCUCAUGUGUACAGCUGGAAUUGUCGCCCUUCUCAUCUAUAGACUGGAAGAUAGAUCGCUGGAUAAUUCAAAGAAUCCCGCUCGAAAACUUGAUGCAGAACUGCUGGUGGGCACAGCUGCAGGCUCCUGGCUGCUCUCCUGGGGCUCGAUCCUCGCCAUUAUCUGUGCCCAAGCUCAUCCAAAAUACACCUGGUAUAACCUGCCCUACUCUGUUCUGGUUAUCAUUGAGAAAUAUAUUCAGAAUCUCUUUAUCAUUGAAUCCAUACACCGUGAGCAGGAAAAGGUUAAUGAUGACAUUAAAACUCUCCGAAUAGUGACUAUAUCUCGGGGGAACACUUUGUCUCUUACCCCCUUGUACAAAGAGAUUUACAAUGACAGAGCCACUUGUGACUCUGGGGAGGUGCCCUGUCUGUUUAAGGGCAGUAUCUGUGGGAGAGAUAACGAUGGUGCUGGUGUUGCCAAAGAAGAAAUGAGUCAGGACAAUACUUCGGUCAUGCAUUCGGCCUCAGAUUUCUCAUUUUACAGUAGAAAUUCAGUUACUAACAACAAGAGGAGAAUUCUGAAGAACAUUGCUGCAUUUUUAUUCCUUUGCAACCUUUCGCUGUGGAUACCCCCAGCAUUCGGGUGCCGCCCGGAAUAUGACAAUGGACUAGAAGAAAUAGUUUUUGGCUUUGAACCCUGGAUAAUUGUUGUGAACCUUGCGAUGCCUUUUUCCAUUUUCUAUCGGAUGCAUUCAGCUGCCUCGCUCUUUGAGGUCAAUUGUAAAACAUAGAUCAUACACGGUCCCUCAGUGAACAAUUGAUUGAAUAAUUAAUUAAAUAAAUAACAGUUGAAGGAGUGGAUGAAUGAAUGAAAGAAUGUAGCAGCUGCUCAAUAAAUAGAAGAUUCAAUAUUUUUUUUAAAAGAAGGGACCAUAGCUAAUAGCAUGUAAUUGUUUUUAUUUUUCUUCCGCAUAUUUUGUUAUAUAUGUGGUGUUAUUGUAUAGGUACACUUUUCAGAAUCAUAUUAGUGUUAAUAUGAUUAACACUACAUAAUAAAGUUAAUUCGAUCUCAUUAAUCUUUGUUUUAGUCAUCUGGGAUUUGUCCUCUGUAUGAUUUGUAUAGCUUUGUUUUCAUUCAUUGUGACUUGUA